AUGUCCACAAAACCCGUCGUCGUUCCUAGACUUGGGCACUGGCUCCCAGAUAACCAUCUUAUUGUCCACGGAUGGCUCAAGGAUCUUAUCAAGCAUGUGGACAGUAAGAAUUGGUCAUUCAAGGAUCUCAAUCCGGUCCUCCAAGACUUUCAGGAAUUCAUCGACACUCAUCCAUUAGCGAGACAAGCUGCAACCUUCAUGUUCCAACAGGUCCCGGACAAGCCACCGUACAACGAAGACCCUCUCGGGAAGCCGCAGGUGCGCGACUAUCCGCACAUGUUUCAACUCUUCAACGAGAUCAUUCAACGGGCUCCCGAGUGGAGCGCGCAUGCGAAUGACGUGGGCCUUAUCGGGUUUCCCAUCAAUGCCAUCUUGGACUGGCCGAUGGGCACUUGGCCAGGAUACUACUUCUUCCAAUUCCCCAAGAUCAACGAGUAUUUCAAGCUCAUGCUGAAUGAAUGGGCCAAAUUCCUUGCUUCACGCGACUCAGCAUACAUACUUGGCACAGACGCCAACCAAUGGUUCUGUCCAGAGGCCAUCAAGGCACUCGAGGAAAAAGGCAACAAAGUCUCGACCCAAGAAACCCACUAUACAUUCGAGCAAUUGUAUAAAUGCAACCCCAAAGACAUGCACUAUGGCUUCAAGUCCUGGGACGACUUUUUCACCCGUCGGUUCCACCCCGAUGUUCGCCCCAUUGAAGGGGAGGAGAAUGAAAAUGUCAUUGUGAACGGGUGCGAGUCUGCACCUUGGCGACUCUCGACAAACGUAAAAGCCAAUGACUUGUUCUGGUUGAAAGGACAGCCUUAUUCUCUUAUGGACAUGCUCAACAACGAUGACCUCGCCCCUCAAUUUGUUGAUGGAACAGUGUAUCAGGCAUUCUUGAGUGCAACGAGCUACCAUCGCUGGCACAGUCCUGUCAACGGUACUGUGAAAAAGAUUGUCAUGGUGCCAGGGACUUAUUACUGCGAAAACAUCUUCCAGGGGUUCGAAGACCAGGAGGGGCCGGACCCAGCUGCUCCUGAUAGGUCUCAGGGUUUCAUAUCGCAAGUUGCCACCCGCUCGAUCAUUUACAUCGAGGCGGAAAAUAAGGACAUUGGCUUGAUGGCCAUUGUCCACAUCGGCAUGGCCGAAGUCUCCUCGUGCGAAUAUACUGUAAAGGAGGGGGACACUCUGAAGAAAGGCCAGGACAUUGGCAUGUUCCAUUUUGGAGGCUCAACUCACUGUGUCCUCUUCAGACCUAAUGUCGACUUGAAGUUCCAAUAUCCCGGUCCGUAUGACAACUGGGAUAAGGGAAAUAUUCCCGUGAACAGUGUGCUUGCGGUUAUUCCUAAGGCCUAA